AUGCCCUCCUUUUUGAAAUUUGGUGCCAUUAUUGCUGCUGUUUUCAUUAUCGGGACACAGGCGGAGAGCCAUACUGUUACUUUCCAGAAUUUCUGCGGUAUUCCUGGGCCUACCUUGAAGGCAAACGGAGUGACAUUGUCAACUGGGGAAGCCUACACCUCCAAUGGUGAGUUAGGUUGUGGUGACAAUGGAGAAGGGUGCACCACAAUCGAGACCACUCUCGCCAAUCCCACUUCACCUGGAUCUGGAUCUAGUACUGAUAUCACUUUGAUCUUUCCCCACUCUUUCUCGGUUGGUACUGCAUUUGAGUACUACAACGGCUGUGAUGGUGCUGGAGCUGAUUGCUCUGAUAUUGACUGCAAUACUGCCUUGAAAGUGCCUACCGACACGCAAGACCAAAUUCAAUGCGAAGUCGAUAAUGUCAAUCUUGCCAUCACCUUCUGCGAUUAUAGUUAA